CCCCGCUCGGCCGCCCGCAGCCGGGGUGCGCUAGGGCAGCCGGCAUGAGGAGGUCUGUUGAAGAUGCACUGGUCACCAGAGCAUGCCCAGUCCCUGAACCAGUGGCCGGAGCAGCAUCUCGACGUGUCCUCCACCACCUCAUCCCCAGCCCACAAACCCGACCUCUACCCCAGCACCCGCCAGCGCUUCAACUACGCCUGGGCCAACGAUGACAUCUCGGCGCUCACGGCCUCCAACCUCCUCAAGAGGUACGCAGAGAAGUACUCGGGGGUGCUGGAUGUGCCCUACGAGCGCCCGGCGCUCGGUGCCUAUGGGGACGGAGCCUUCGGGCCGGUGAACGGGCAGAAAGGGGAUGGGGAGCCCUGGCCGGGGGCGCACGGCUCCGACGGCUCCUACCCGCUGACCCCCAUCCACGAUGGGCUCCCCGGCACCAAGGGGGUGGUGCCCCCCGCCAGCGGUGGGGCCAUCGGGCUCAGCGGCUCCCCCGUGGUACCCACCGGCCUCACCGAUCCCAUGUAUCCCGGUAACUCCUGCGGAGGAGCCGCCACCGGCUCCGCCGGGAUCGGAUCAACUCAGGAGUAUCCCUCAGGUUACGGUGGCACCUAUUUACCCUCCGGCUACUGCACCCAGCCAGCGGCAGCGCUGCCCCCUCCGCACCCCCCUGCCCUCCAUGGCUCAGGCCUCCUGCAGCCCCCGCACCCAUCUCCUGCCCUGGUGCCAGGCUACGGCUCCUCCGGCGCCAUGUACAACUACACAGCCGGCAGCUACCCACCGCAGCCAGGCUACGGGAGCAUCCACCCGCCCCAUCCCUCGGCUUCCUACCUGCCCUCCGGCAUCGCGGCGCCCACCCCGAUCCCGGCACCGCCGCCGGCUGCCCGCCCGCCCGGUGUCCCCGGCUAUGGGUACCAGGGCGCCGGCUUGGCCCCGCUGGCCGUGCCCCCCCUCGGCACCGAGGCGGCCGGCGCGCUGAAGAGGAAGGCGUUCGAGGAGGAUGAAGGGGAGGGCAGGUACAGGAAAUACAGCUACGAGCAGCCAAAGUCCCCCUACCCCCUGUCGGACAACGGCGAGUGCCGCGGCAAUGGCUUCGGAGGCAGCGCCGAGUCCCCGCAGGUGGCCUUCAAGCCCGGGAAGCGGCCGUCGGGAGCCGGGAAUGCCGAGGAGCACAGCGGCAAGUACAGCGGGCAGCCCAUGAAGGGGAUGGUCUCACCGCCCUACGGCACCGGGGAUGCGCCUCUCGCCAACGGGGAACGGGCGACGGAGCCGGGGCCCCCGUUCCCACUGCGCCUGCCCCCCAAAGCCCCGCUCUUCAGCAGCGCAGCUGUGGAGGAGCAGCCCAAGAACAUCGACCCCUUGGUGCUGGAGCUGGUGAACACCAAGAUCGUGGAGCGGGGGCCGCCCGUGCAGUGGACGGACAUCGCCGGGCAGGUCUCUGUGAAGGCCACCAUCGAGGAGGAGCUGGUGUGGCCCAUCCUGCGCCCCGGUGCCUACACCGGUGCGGGCCGGCCGCCCCGCACCAUCCUGCUCUUCGGUCCCCGCGGCACGGGGAAGACGCUGCUGAGCCGCUGCAUCUCCACGCAGCUGGGCUCCACCUUGCUGAAGCUCAGCGGCACAGCCCUGCUCUCCACCUGGAAAGCCGAGGCCGAGCAGAUCCUGCAGACCGUGUUCUUCGUGGCCAGCUGCCGGCAGCCCGCGGUGGUGCUCAUCACCGAGGCCGAGGCCCUGCUGCUGGCACGGGCCGGCGAGGACGUCAGCGGCCUCAAGUCCCAGCUCCUUUCCUACCUGGACGACGUCUCUACCUCAUCGGAGCAGAACGUGGUGGUCAUCGGGACCACGGCCAGGCCCGGCAGCAUGGAUGAAGCUUCCCACCGGCGCUUCGCCAAGCGCUUCUACAUCUGCCCCCCGGACAGCAUCGCCCGCAGGCAGAUCCUGCAUCACACCCUGGCUCAGCAGAGCUGCUGCCUGAGCGAGCGGGAGAUGUCCUCCCUGGUGCAGCACACGGAGAGCUUCUCGGGCAGCGAGCUGGUGCAGCUGUGCCAGCGCGCCGGAGCCACCACGCUGCAUGGGCUGCAGGGGCAGCUCCAGCCCCCCUCAUACCAGGACUUGGAGAAGCUGUUCUGCAAGGUGCGUCCUGCUGCCUCCCAGAAGGAGCUGGACUUGUUCCUGGAAUGGGAUAAACUCUAUGGCACCAGGCACUGAUGCCGCGGGGCACCGGGAUGGACCCUUCGCCGCAUCCCAAGGCACUGGGACCGCUUGGAGGGGCUGCAUUGGGGUCAGGGGAGGCUCUGGUUCUGCAUAACCAAACCUCAUCCCGACUCCUUUGGCCUCGGGCUUUUCCUCUCCUCGGUUUUCCGGCGCCCACUGAACUCAGGAUAACCUAUUUAUUGUAUUCCCGUCCAUCCAUCCCUGGAGCAGCCAUGCGGGGCUGGAGAUGCCUCCGCAUCCGCUUUUCCAGCCUCGGCUACCCAACAGCUUGACUCUUACUGUUCCUUUUAUCCCUUUGAUUGAUUGUUCCCAACAGGAAUACCUCGUUCGUCUUGAGCAGAGCAGCCCCUCGCCCAUGGCACCAGCAGCCAUGAUCCAGGAGGGGAUGAACGGGGAGGGGAAAGCCACAGACCGGGGGGUGUUGGAGUUAAAGGCUGUAGAUGGAUCUCCUAGACUUGGGUUUUUAUUUUUGUAAGGUAUGUAGUGAUUUUGGGUUUGUUUUUUGCUUUUGAACUACUCAGGAAAAGAAAUACCUCAACAAAAAGAGAAAAGAAUGUGUUUAAAACCCUCUUUUUAUGGUAGGAAAAGAGCUUUUUAAAGAGUUUUCAGGCCUGGGACAAAGCUGCUUCAUUGCAUUUGCUUCCAAAAAGGGCUGGAGGAAGAAAGGACGAGACAAAAAGAAACUUGAAGCUGUUACAAAGAGCAAAGUUGAAUGUAUUUUGGGUGCUUUUCACAUCUCUUAUGCCAUGAGUUGAGUUCCUUGGGUUGCCAUUGUUCUCGUAGCAUUUGGUGGAGUAACGUGUCCUCAAGGGGCAGUGUCCGUGCCGCAGGUUGGGAGCUGGGGCAUCAGUUUAUGGGUCAGGCUUCUGCUCCCUUUCCAUGGCAGAUAAAGGAGUUUUUAGCUUCCCACCAUCCUCCAAGCACCAUAAAGCCCCAACAGAGGCCGGUGGUGACCACAGAGUUGCAGGAAACCACUUUUCCCCCCCAAAAAACAGUCCUGGUUUUGGGCCUAGUGCGGGUUCCCCCUCACUGACCAACCAGUGCACCAUGCAUCACCCAGAGCAUGACCCCACCGCACCCCCCCAUGGACCCCCCUUUGCAUCUCAAGGGGGAGGGGGUCAUUUCUUGUCUCCAAUUAAACCAACUCAUUUUAUCACUUUCUUCUAUUGCUCUAUAUUGUACUGGGGGUGCAACUGCUCUGGGGCCACCUCGGAGCAGCCCCCCCAUAACCUCAGGGUCUGCACACGCAGAACAUGCUCCCCCCAUUGCAUUGGCAGGUUUUGGGAUGAUUUCCCACUGUUUUGGUGCAGUUUCCCACACUUGGUGCGGUUUCCCUUUGGAACAUGCAUGGGUCAAAGGGCAUUAACGGAGGGGGGGCAGUCCCUUUCCCCUCCUCUUCCUCCAAAAAGUGGUCCUGGGUUCCUGAAGACUUAUUAUUAUUAUUAUUAAUUAUUAUUAUCAUAUUUGUACACUCUCUGUAACCAUUUCUACCUCAUUUUGCAACAUAUUGUACAUGAAAGUAUUUAAUUCAUGGCUUAUUAAUGGCUGAGAAAGAAGAAAAAAUAAGAAAUGCUUUUGAGCUGUAAUGGU